CAAACGGCUCUUUUCACAAAGUUCUCUGCAUAGAGUAAGAUUGGUAAGGUCAUGGCAACUGAUCAAUUCACUAAGCUUUGCGUGAUAGCUCUGCUUUGCUUCCUCCUGGUCACAGUUUCGCUGCAAGAUGAUCAGAGCUUACUGAGCUGCGAUACCAACUCGCCAGAUGCUUUUGGUUACCGGUGCAAUGAGACUAAACCACAAGAUCAGUGUGAAACAUUUGCAGUGUUCCGCACCAAUUCCUACUAUUCAUCUCUUUUCAACCUGAGCUAUUACUUGGGCCUCAAUCAGACAGCAGUUGCUGAGGCAAGUGGGUUCUCUUCUGAUACAGAGUUUCUCCCGCAAGAUCAACCUUUACAGAUCCCAGUUGUCUGUGUGUGUAAUGGAGGCUUCUUUCAGGCUGGAGUUACCAAGACUACCGUCAAAGGUGAGAGCUUUUAUGGGAUUUCAGAAUCACUGGAGGGGUUGACAACCUGUAAAGCCAUUCGAGAUGAGAACCCGAGCAUCUCACCAUGGAAUCUUGAUGAUAAACUUCAAUUGAUGGUCCCACUCAGAUGUGCCUGCCCAUCUGAUUUUCAACUCAGCCAAGGAACAAAGCUCCUGCUGUCUUAUCCCAUAAGUGAAGGCGACACAGUUUCUGAUUUAUCCUCUAAGUUCAAUGCCACCUUAGAAGCAAUAAUUUCUGCAAAUAACAGAUCAGAAGACUUCAACUCCGAGAAUCUGGUACCAAUUUCAACUCUUCUAAUCCCGCUUAGCAACAGCCCGACCCUCGGUCUUCUAUUAGGUAACCCCGACACUAAUAUCCCAGUGGUUGAUCCACCACAUAGUGGAUCGGGAAGAUCGACAUUGUUGAAGAUUGGUGUUUACAUUGUUGUGAGUGGGAUAGCAAUAGGUGUUAGCGUAGCCAUUGCAGCAGCGAUCGUGGUGAUCCAACGGAGAAGGAAGAAGCCGAAGUUUUGCAAGACUUCCGACGUGGAACUACAGCAGCUAAGCAUAAGAACUCCCAGCUACAAGGAAUCGUUCGAGGACCGCCGUGAUCAUUUUGACAACCAGUCGAAUGACACCACGCAUCAUAAGUUGUUAGAGACAUACACCACCCAGGAGCUGAGAAAAGCCACGGAGGACUUCAAUUCGAAUAACCUAAUUGAGGGAUCUGUGUUUCAUGGACGCCUCAAUGGGAAGAAUCUGGCCAUAAAGCAAACUCUUCCGAAAACCAUCUCCAAAAUAGAUUUCAGUCUUUUCCACGGUGUUGAUCAUCGUCAUCCCCAUAUACUUCGGCUUUUGGGGACCUGUUUGAACGAUGACACCCAAUCGUUUCUAGUUUUCGAGUACGCCAAGAAUGGAUCCCUGAAGGAUUGGCUUCACGCUGGGUUGGCGAUGAAGAGCCAAUUCAUAGCUUCGUAUUAUUGUUUCUUGACAUGGAACCAGAGGCUGAGGAUCUGUCUUGACGUAGCCAUUGCGUUGCAGUAUAUGCAUCACAUCAUGCACCCCAGCUACGUCCAUAGGAAUAUAAAGAGCAGAAACAUCUUUUUGGACGAGGAGUUUCAUGCGAAGGUUGGUAACUUUGGCAUGUCGAGAUGCGUCAACGAUGACUCUGAGGAGCCACAGUCUCCAUCCGCUCACUCCACUUCUUGGAGUAAAGGUUAUCUAGCUCCCGAGUUUGUUCAACACGGAAUAAUAUCGUCGAGCACCGAUAUAUUUGCAUACGGGGUGGUGCUGUUAGAGGUCUUAUCUGGUCAAACUCCAAUAACCAGAGACAAGGAGAAGGGAGGAAAUAAUUUUCUGCUUUCCGAGAAGAUCAAGUCAAUUUUAAAUUCAGGCGACGCAGACGAGCUGGGGGACUGGAUAGACCCUGCAUUGGGAAACAAUUAUUCCUUUGACGCGGCUGUUUCAUUGGCUAACCUUGCGAGAGCAUGUGUAGAAGAAGACCCAUCUGCAAGACCGACCGCCGGAGAUAUUGUCUACAAGUUACAAAAACUGGCGGAAGAAUUUGCAGACAGUGAAGAAAUUACGAGCUGCGGGUGCUCUUCCAAAUCUCAGACGAAGGAGGUAGUCUCAAUCAAUCCGGAAAUACCCAACUAAAUAAGAAUCAAUGAUCAUGGUGU